CAAACAUGAUUUCUUUUUGCUUCUGCACCUGUAUGCUCUUCAUUCUCCCUCUUCUGUUACUUCCUCUGGUAUCACUGCAAUCCCCUUUCAAUCACCUCUACCAGUUCUGGGAUGAUGAGUCGCGUCAGUUUUACAUAUGUGAAAAAUGCCCCCCUGGGACCUACCGGAAAGCUCAUUGCAAUUCGUCAAAGAGGACUGAAUGUGCCCCUUGUCCAGAUUCUCACUACACUGCAUGCUGGAACUCCCUAGAGGAAUGUCAGUAUUGCAACGUCUUUUGCAAAGAGUAUCAGUUUGUUAAACACGAGUGCAAUGGCACCCACAACCGUGUUUGCGAAUGCGUUGAAGGCCAUUAUUUUGACCUCGAAUUUUGCUUAAAGCACUACGAAUGUCCACCAGGCUUUGGUGUUAAAAAGUUUGGAACACCUUAUAUUGAUACGGAGUGCAUGCCAUGCCCAAAGGGUUUCUUCUCCAGGAGCAAGUCUGCCUUAGAACCCUGUCGAAAACACACCAACUGCUCACUGUUUGGUCUGAAACAAGUUCUUCAAGGAGAUGCAUUUCAUGAUAAUACGUGUCAUCCUUGUGAGAAAAAAAAUGCAUCAUCCCCAGAGUGCUUGGACCCACCAGUAGAGAAAGAUAUUGCACUGUGCGAUGAAGCCAUCUUUAAAUUUAUCGCUCAUCAGAAGCUGACUUUGAAACAGUUGAGAAUGCUGAUGGAGAGUUUACCUGGAAAGGGAGCGAGUGCACAGCACUUACAGUGGCUGCAGAGGAGAAAAGCAGUCCGAAAUCAAACGUUUGUUCAGCUGAAGCAAUGGAAAAUGGAAAAUCCCAACAUGGACACCGUUAGAGCACUAAUUCAUGCCCUGAAAAAGGCCAGCGCUCACAAUGUGUACAAAAAGCUGUUGCGCAGGCUUCGACUAAACUAAGUUGGUAAGACUGGACUGGUGCAGCAUGAAAAGCAAUAGAUUAUGAUAGUUUGUAUGGAUGUUUCUUAACUUUCACUGAUAAAGUACUAAACUGAUGCAAAAACAUACUGUUUGGUAUACUGUGUACAGGAUUUAAUUAAGGCUCUGUUGAACCAAAGGCCACAUACAUAAACAGUUCAAAACAAUUCUGUUAUUAACAUAAAAUUGAGAAUUUGAUAUUUGCUGUUCACCUGUAACUUGGUAAAUUACAAAAAAUUGU